UUUCUUCUGAGUAAGGCUAAAAUGAGAAAACAAGUCUUAUCCCUGGCUGUGCUGGGAUUAAUAUCCCUGGCUGUGGGUCAUGAUCCUCCCACUACCAUAAAGAAGGUGCCAGUGCCUGUCCCUGUUCCUGUGCCAGUUCCGGUUUAUCACAAAGAAGAAGGUUCUGGAGGUGGAGGUGGAGGAGGAGGAGGAGGCGGCGGAAGUGGUGGUGGUGGAGGCGGCGGUGGCGGCGGAGGAGGAUCCAGAAGUGGUACUUGCCCGCGACCUUCUCCCCAAGCUUUGCGGUGCCUCCAGGAAUGGGCCUGUCAGUACAUCAUCCGCCUGGAUCUGCGCUGCCUGCUCGCUUUAAAUGGCAACCCAUUGCUGGGCAAUCUCAUUUCCAUACCGGGCAUCACCGGCGGCGGAAGCAGCAGCGGUGGUGGUGGCAUCUUGGGCGGUCUGCUGGGUGGCAAAUAGAGUCGCUUCCCUGCGAAAAUGUGCUCACAUUAAACCCAAUAAAGAUGGUGACACUGGCAAAAAA